AUGAACUGGGUUCCAGUAGUACAGCUAGCAACAAAUUCCACACGACUACUGGACAGCGUUAAUGACUGGGAGACGUUCGUUAAAGUCAACGAUUCCGGUAGUAGGUUUCAGCGCUGGUGUUCGGAGCAAAUAGAGCGGUCUCACAAUGCGUCAGGAAGGUCGGGCGCGAUUGGCGCGGCGAGUGCACUGGGCGCAUGCGGGUUGCUGGCGCUGGCGGCGGGCGGGGCUCUAGCGGCGAGGCGUGCGGCGAGGCGCAGGCGCCGGCCGCGCUCCGAGCCCGUGCUGGUGGCGGCCGACUUCACGUUCCCGGUGGACGAGCGGCGCGUCGGCGAAGGGAUGGAAAGCAUGUUGUCGUGCUGGCUACAGCAGCUGCACGAGUUCGGGGGGCCGGAGUUGGAGCGUCCGGACCUACUGAAGCGGCCGCCAGCUGUUCCCGCACACCCUUCCGCGCCCUCGUCCACCUGCAGCAUUACGCGCCUCGCCCUCGAUCGUCGUACAGGGUAUAAGGGAGAUCCUGUGCACAUGAAGUACCUGCCUGUGGCGGGUACGCUGGAGCUGAAGCGUAAGGCUGUGGACAUUCUGCUUGUUAUGCAAACAAUGCGCCAUGAAAACCUUAACCCCUUUAUAGGCUGCCUGGCGGAGGUGCGUCCGGCGCUGGUGUUCGAGGCGUGCGGGCGCGGCUCGCUGGAGGACGUGCUGAUGGCGGACGACAUCCGGCUGGACUGGACGUUCCGGCUCUCGCUGCUGACGGACCUGGUGCGCGGCGUGCGCUACCUGCACGCGUCGCCGCUGAGGGCGCACGGCCGCCUCUCGUCGCGCAACUGCGCCGUCGACUCGCGCUGGGUGCUGCGCGUCUCCGACUACGGGCUGCCCGCCUUCGCGCACGCACAGGCCCUGCCGCUGCCGCCGCGCUCCGCCAGAGAGCUGCUGUGGACGGCGCCGGAGCUGCUGCGCGAAGGGCGCGGCGCGGGCCGGGGCACGCAGGCGGGGGACGCCUUCUCCUUCGCCAUCAUCAUGCAGGAGGUCAUCGUCCGCGGCGAGCCCUACUGCAUGCUCGCGCUCACGCCCGAAGAAAUAGUGGAAAAGUUGUGCCGGCCCCCGCCACUGAUCCGGCCAUCGGUGUCGAUGGGCGCGGCGCCGCCCGAGGCCGUGAGCGUCAUGAGGCAGUGUUGGAGCGAGGCCCCGGACCUGCGCCCCGACUUCGCGCGCCUCUACGAGAUCUUCCGCCACAUGCACCGCGGCCGAAAAAUCAACAUUGUUGAUUCGAUGUUCGAGAUGUUGGAAAAAUAUAGCAAUAACUUAGAAGAACUUAUUAAGGAAAGAACGGAUCAGUUAGACAUGGAAAAAAAGAAAACUGAACAACUACUCAAUAGAAUGCUACCAAGAUCCGUUGCCGAGCGGCUGAUGCUCGGGUCUCGCGUGGAGCCCGAAGAGUUCGAGGAGGUGUCCAUCUACUUCAGUGACAUCGUCGGCUUCACCGAGCUGGCGGCGCGCUCCACUCCGGUGCAGGUGGUCGAUCUACUGAACGACUUGUACACGACCUUCGACGCCGCCAUAGAACAGUAUCGUGUCUACAAGGUGGAGACGAUCGGCGACGCGUACAUGGUGGUGGGCGGGCUGCCGGUGCGCACCUCUGACCACGCGGAGAGCGUGGCCACGAUGGCGCUGCACCUGCUGCACCUGGCGGGCCGCUUCCGCGUGCGCCACCUGCCCGCCACGCCGCUGCACCUGCGCAUCGGCCUGCACACCGGCCCCUGCUGCGCCGGCGUCGUCGGCCUCACCAUGCCGCGCUACUGCCUCUUCGGCGACACCGUCAACACCGCCUCGCGGAUGGAGUCCACAGGUGCAGCGUGGCGCAUUCAAGUAUCGUCGACGACGGCGGAGCGGCUGUCGGCGGCCGGCGGGUACCGGCUUCGUUCGCGCGGCCUGCGCCAGAUCAAGGGCAAGGGCGCCAUGCACACUUACUGGCUGUUGGGCAAGGAAGGCUUUGACAAGCCACUGCCCACUCCACCGCCUCUAGAAUCCGAGGAGGUUCUGUUCGAGUCCGAUGCCGAGAACGACAGCGAGCGCUCUAGCGAUGAGCCGGCGCCUCGCGGCCCGCGCACCCGCUCUCGCACCGCCUCCGACACCGAUGACGACUGCCUCGCGGCGGUGUGCUUGCGCUCGGAUCGAGCGGCUUGGGCACGAUCCGGCGCCGUGUCCGCGGAUAGCAGCCCACCACGGCUCACGUUCUCCGCUCACUCUCGAUAUAGAUGCCUCGCCGGGAGCGCGCGCGUGCUGCGCCGCCAGUGGUCGCUGGAGCGCGGCGAGGCGCUGGCGGCGGCGGCGGCGCGCGGCCCGCCCGCCCCUCCCGCCCCGGCCGAGCCGCGCCGCGAGCCGCUGGCGCUGCGCGGCCCGCCGCCCCGCGCGCCGCCCGCCCGCUACCGCACCCGCCCGGAGCCCCCCGACGAGGCGCGUGCCACU